CUCUCUAUUAUCUUCACUUUGGUGAUAAUCUGAACAUUACUGAUUAUUCUUUGUCUAUAUUCUCUUUGGUGAUAUAUAGAUACAAAUUGUCUUCACAAACCACUCUUCAUGAACCCUGAAAAUUCCUCCAAUGGCUUCACUGUUUACCACCAAACCCAUAUCAAGUACUUCUUUUAUCACUAUAUUUCUAAUUCUUAAUAUAGCUUUCCCCAGUUUCAUUUCUUCUCAAUCAUCUUUGUGUAGGACUUCUUGCGGUGAUGUCCCAAUCGAAUAUCCAUUCAGUAUUGAUGCUGGAUGUGGAAGUCCAUAUUUCAGACACAUUUUUUCAUGUUCUGAUUCUGGAAAACUCGAGUUAAGAACACCCUCUGGCAGAUAUCCCGUGGUUAAUAUAAGUUACUCCGAUUCGCACAUCCUAGUUUCUGAUCCUUUCAUGUGGAAAUGCAACGACCGCCAUGACUUUCGCCCUACUAGACCUUUUAGUCUUGAUACAAGCACACAUUUAACUCUUUCUACUCAAAACAACUAUCUGUUCUUCAACUGCAGUGAAGAAAAGGUUAUCGUUUCACCGAAACCAAGUUUUUGUGAGCGGCUCCCAGAUAAAUGUGAUUCGUCUUGUGACAGUGCUAGUUAUCUUUGUCGACAUUUACCUGACUGUCCUUUCGGUUUGGGUGGGAGGGUUCCUUGUUGUUCUUACUAUCCCAAGGCUACUGAAUCUCUAAGGUUGAUGUUGCAGUACUGUACAUCAUAUACUAGCGUAUAUUGGAGAAAUGUUGGUGCUCUUCGACCUUAUGAUCAAGUACCUGAAUACGGAAUUCGGAUAAAUUAUGAUAUCCCCAUCACAACAAGUUGUCUUCAGUGUCAAGAGUACUCGAAUGGAGGGGGAACAUGUGGUUUUGAUACUCGAUCUCAAAAUUUUACUUGUUUAUGCGAGAAAGGAAAUGUAACAACAUACUGUACAGAUCGUCAAGACUAUCAGCACCAUAAAAGUAUUAAAGUCAUAGCAGUGACAGCUACCGGGGUUUCAUUUGCCGGGGCAAUAGGAAUUGGAGCAGGAAUAUGGUACAUAAAAAAGUUGACAGCAACGGCUCCAGUUACAUGUGGAGUUCAGAGUAAUGAGAACAGGUUUUUUUGAUGAAAAGGGACGAAGGCCAAUACCUCUUGCCACUUUUUUUUUCCCUUUCAAUUUCCUUUUUGUAUAAUUUGAGUCCUAUUUUGUAUACUGAGAUAAGUUACGGUUUGAACUUGCAAAUUGUUGUUAACUAUUCAAAAGAUAUUCUUUCCUACAUGUUGAAGAAAAGAAAAAGAGUUGU